AAGAAGUGGAUAAGGUACCCGCGAAAAUUCUGUUACCUGACACUCGCAAUUUCCCAACACUGCACCACACCAUCCGAUCACCCACUCUUCAUUGCAUGACAUUCCCAACAAACUCUUCCCGCCGUAACUGAAUUCUAUUGCGAUGGCAUUAUUAGAAACAGUUGCCUACUCUCUAUCUCGCACACCAACCGCCACAACCAACGUCGUCUUCUCCAACUCUACUAUCAGACCACUCACACCUUCUUCUUCGUCUUCCUUCUAUUCUCGAGUCCUCCGUUGCCGAUCGAAUUCCAACUGCCUUCUUUUGACUCCACGGUUUACUUUUGAUGUGAAAGCUUGCGUCAAGGUCGAAGAGAAGGAUGUUGCCGCGACUAGUGGAGCUGAAGGAGGAGAGUGGGGAAAGGUCUCUGCGGUGUUGUUUGACAUGGACGGUGUGCUCUGCAACAGCGAGGAACCUUCUAGAAGAGCCGCUGUUGAUGUCUUCGCCGAGAUGGGCGUCCAAGUCACCGUCGAUGACUUCGUCCCAUUCAUGGGAACAGGAGAAGCAAACUUUCUGGGAGGUGUUGCCUCUGUUAAGGGAGUUAAAGGAUUUGAUACCGAAGCUGCAAAAAAGAGAUUCUUUGAAAUAUAUUUGGAUAAGUAUGCCAAACCAGAUUCCGGAAUAGGAUUUCCUGGUGCCAGUGAACUUAUUUCUCAGUGUAAAAGCAAAGGCAUUAAGGUGGCUGUUGCAUCUAGUGCUGAUCACAUAAAAGUUGAUGCUAAUCUAGCUGCUGCUGGUUUGCCAUUGUCAUUGUUUGAUGCAAUUGUGUCUGCAGAUGCUUUUGAGAAUUUGAAACCUGCUCCUGAUAUUUUCUUAGCUGCAUCAAAAAUAUUGGAUGUGCCUCCCAGUGAGUGUAUAGUUAUAGAAGAUGCACUAGCUGGAGUUCAGGCUGCUAAAACUGCACAAAUGAGAUGCAUAGCUGUUAGAACUACGUUGUCAGAUGAGGCUUUGGAAUCUGUUGGUCCAUCACUCAUCCGAGAUGACAUAGGAAAUAUUUCACUUGAUGACAUUCUCAGUGGAGGCUCUGUUGGAUAUAAUAAGAGGGUUCAGGGAUCUGAAACAUCAAAUGAUUCUGCACAAUCUUCCUCUGCUAUGCUUGCUGUUGAAAAAGAUGAUAGAGCUAGAAAAACUAUCAGUGGUAGUGACAAGGGAAUAUUCCCAACUGAAGGGUUACAGGGUUCUCGGCGCGAUAUAAUGAGAUUCGGGAGUCUUGGUAUUGCUAUCUCUUGCCUUGUUUUCACAAUUAGUAACUGGAAGGCAAUGCAAUAUGCUUCACCCAAAGCAAUAUGGAAUCUGUUGUUUGGAGUCACCCAACCAUCCAUGGAACAGAAAGAAGGUGAUUCAAGAGAUGAUAGGGUCCAGCAAUUUGUGAAUUACAUAACUGAUCUAGAGAGCAGGGGAAACACUCAGAUUGUUCCAGAAUUUCCAUCGAAACUUGAUUGGCUGAAUACAGCUCCACUACAAUUUCGCAGGGAUCUGAAAGGAAAAGUUGUUGUCCUGGAUUUCUGGACUUAUUGUUGUAUAAACUGUAUGCAUGUCUUACCAGACCUAGAGUUUUUGGAGAAGAAAUUCAAAGAUAUGCCGUUCAUUGUUGUGGGUGUUCAUUCUGCGAAGUUCGAUAAUGAGAAAGAUUCUGAAGCCAUUCGUAAUGCAGUUCUACGCUAUGAUAUCACUCAUCCGGUUGUGAAUGAUAGUGACAUGUAUCUUUGGCGCAAGUUAGGCAUAAAUUCAUGGCCAACAUUUGCUGUCGUUGGCCCCAAUGGUAAGCUCCUAGCACAACUUGCUGGAGAAGGUCACAAGAAGGAUCUUGAUGAUUUUGUGGAGGCAGCACUGAUGUUUUAUGGAAAACGUAAUUUGUUGGAUAAUACACCAAUUACGUUGAAUUUGGAGAAAGAUAAUGAUCCUCGGCUUUCAGCAUCUCCAUUGAAGUUCCCUGGAAAGCUAGCAAUUGAUAUCCUCAACAACAGGCUUUUUAUUUCUGAGAAUCAAGAUAAAGUGUUAUUUAGAUUUAGAGUGGUUGUGCCAUCGUUAUGGCGAACUGAGAUUGGUGAUUACUCUACAGUUUCCUCAGUCUCAAUAGUGAUAUAUUACUUUUUCUGCUCUUGUUUCUAGGGCCUUGCUUAUAAUGCAAAGAAAAAUAUCGUUUAUGUUGCAGAUACUGAAAACCAUGCUUUGAGGGAAAUUGAUUUCAUUAAUGAGAAAGUGCGUACUCUUGCUGGAAAUGGGACCAAGGGCUCUGAUUAUAUUGGAGGAGGAAAAGGAGACACUCAGCUUCUCAAUUCCCCUUGGGAUGUCUGCUUUCAUCCAGUUGAAGAGAAAAUUUAUAUUGCAAUGGCUGGCCAACAUCAGAUUUGGGAGCACAAUAUAUUGGACGGAAUUACGAAAGUCUUUAGUGGCGAUGGUUAUGAAAGAAAUCUAAAUGGAUCAAGUCCUACAAGUUCGUCAUUUGCACAACCUUCUGGUCUUUCAUUCUCUCAAGAUCUAACGGAGAUCUACGUUGCCGAUAGUGAGAGUAGUUCUAUCCGAGUUGUUGAUCUGAAAACAGGAGGAUCUCGUCUGAUAGCUGGUGGUGACCCAAUCUUCCCAGAUAAUUUGUUUAAGUUUGGUGAUCAAGAUGGAAUAGGCUCUGAAGUACUCCUUCAACAUCCACUGGGGGUUACAUGUGCAAAAGAUGGUGAAGUUUAUAUUGCCGAUAGCUACAAUCACAAGAUCAAGAAGUAUGAUCCAACUAGUAAAAGAGUUAGCAGCAUUGCAGGAACAGGAAAAGCUGGUUUCAGGGAUGGAACAGCUUCGACGUCUCAGGUUGGUAAAAUAUUCUAUGCCUUUUGUCUAUGAAAUAGCCCCCGAGUUGUAAGCAGACAAAUUACAAUUUAUUUCCUCUUUUAUAAUGGUUGUAAUGCUGGAUACACUGCUAGAUCCUUUUCUCUUUCACAUCAGCGCAUCCAUGUACAUCCUAAGAGUGGAACUAACUAUUUGGUUUUUUGGCAACAACAGAAUCAUUUAAAUUAUAUUGUAGACUCUUAUGUAGCACAUAGGUUGUAUGAUCACAGUUCAAGCACUAUAAAUUAAAUUUUGUGAAAAGCAGCAUUCAACCAUAAAAUAUCAAAUGCACUCAUUCGUUUAAUUGUUCUUUAAGCUGUUUAAUGACCAUAGACAUUUAGAGUCACCACAGUCCACGAAGGUAUUGAUGUUGUUUAGUUAUAGUAAUGCCUUAGUGAAAUUAUGAGACAGGUUUUGGGUUAUUUAUUCUAUCCUGUUUAUGUGGUUUACUGUAGUUUUUCUUUUCUCUUCAUUUCUUUGAGGAUGUUAUCUUAUUUCCUGCCUUUUUUCUGAAGGGGGAAAAUGGUAAAAGCUAUGAUGUCUAAGAUAAUAUCAUAAUAAACUGUGCUAGUCUUAUUAAUUCAUAUAUGUUUUAUGAUAUAACUAUAUAUAGCAUCCACAUACUUGCAUGGUUCUGUUUUCUUAUACUUACACAAACCUUCUCAUAACUCUUUCAAGAUAUAUCAAGAUGUUUUUCAUGUUCCCAAUUUGGAUGUCCGUGCAAACAAGCAUGAGCAGAAUCAUGAAAAAUUAAUGAAUUCUUCCGUACAUAAUAG